GUUCAAACUAAGACAAUGACGUAACGAAGACCUAAGCACGUGAUCCGGCUGUGUUUUUGACCAUGUGGAUGUCUAUUUUGUUUCUAACUGGGGUUUAGAAUGACAUUACACCCGAUACAAGCUUCAGGUAUCGCUGUUAUGUGGAAACUUUAAGAUGAAUAAAGCUGGGUGUCGUGCUGGGAGAAGAGCGAGGAAAAAAAGACGGAAAAAACACGAGUCGCACGCCUCCAAAGUUACUCUGACUCACGAAGCACAGUUUGUUCUUUUGAGGAGAUGGCUGAAAGAAAGAGGAUUCGCCUCACAGUCUCUCAUCCCUGUCAACUUCCAUGACACUGGAAGGGGGCUUAUGGCAGCUCAGACUAUCAAGGCCAAAGACAUGGUGAUUUCCUUACCUGAGAAAUGCUUACUGACAUCCAGCACAGUUCUGAAGAGUUACAUGGGUGACUAUAUAAAAAGAUGGCAUCCUCCCAUAUCUCCUCUUCUGGCUCUUUGUUGUUUCCUCAUUGCUGAGAGACAUCGUGGAGAUGCAUCAGAGUGGAGUCCCUACAUUAAUAUCCUCCCAAAGACCUACACGUGCCCUGUGUACUUCUCUGAUGACAUCAUUGGCCUUUUGCCUGGGAGUCUCCAGAAAAAAGCUACGGAGCAGAAAGAACAGUUUCAGGAACUCUGUUGCUCUUCACUGAUGUUUUUUCACUCCCUCCAGCCACUUUUCAAACAGCCCACAGAGGAGUUGUUUACCCAGGAUGCGCUGCAGUGGGCUUGGUGUAGCGUUAACACUCGUACGGUGUACAUGGAACAUGAUCAGAGCAACUAUCUCUCCAGGGAGAAGGACGUUUAUGCACUUGCACCAUACCUUGACCUGCUGAACCACUGUCCUAAUGUCCAAGUUGAAGCUGGCUUCAACAAAGAAACUCACUGCUACGAGGUUAGAAGUGUCCAAGGCUGUAAGAAGUUCCAGCAAGCAUUCAUCAAUUACGGUCCUCAUGAUAAUCACAGACUGCUUUUGGAAUAUGGCUUUGUUGCCCCUGGCAACCCCCACAGUGUAGUAUAUGUUGAUUUAGGAACUCUAAAAUUGUGUCUAGAUGAAAGAGACAAACAGCUAACACAAAAACUACUCUACCUAAAGGAUAAUAAUUUUUUAAGAAACUUGACAUUUGGGAUGGAUGGCCCUUCCUGGCGACUGAUGACUGCACUGAGACUGCUGUCAUUGAAACCUGAGCAAUAUACCAGUUGGAAGAGUGUCCUCUUGGGGGCAGCAGUGAGCCAGGAUAGGGAAGAGUGGUGCAUUCAGUCUGCCCUUAAGCUUUGCAAUAACCUCACUGAUGGCAAUGUCAAAGCUCUAGAGAGGCUAUCACAGCUCAAACAGGGUGCAAACAUGUCUCGCCUUGAACAACUGUGUGUGGUGGAGAGCCUGAGACAAGAGGAGCAAAGGAUUCUGGAACACACACGAGUGGUUCUUCAAAACCUCCAGAGACAACAGUCACUGUGGUAACAGUAGGGCAUUUGGAACACUAGAGGAACCAGAAGCCUCAUGCUGUCACUGCCAAGAAGUAAAUGCAAGCCAAGAAUGAGUAUAGAGCCAACAGAUACAGUUAACCAUUGUACUACAGCCCUUAACCCUAUCACCUCCAAUAGUGCAGGAAAUAUGGAGUUCAAAAUACUUAAAAGAAUAGUUCACCCAAAAAGUAAACACUUCCUUUGUUUCUGUGGAACUCAGAAGGAAACAUUUUGAAGAAUGUUCAUGCUGCUCUUUUCUACCGUUGAAGUUAUUGGUAACUAAAACUAAUAAUUUAAAAAAAAAAAUGUUUUUGUUAAUUGAAAUAAAGCUUAAAGGGGACCUAUAAUGCCCCUUUUACGAGAUGUAAUAUAAGUCUCUGGUGUCCCCAGAAUGUGUCUGUGAAGUUUCAGCUCAAAAUACCCCACAGAUCAUUUAUUAUAGCUUGUCAAAUUUGCCCCUAUUUGGGUGUGAGCAAAAAUAUGGUGUUUUGGUGCGUGUCCCUUUAAAUGCAAAUUAGCUGCUGCUCCCGGCCACUUUCCAGAAGAGGGCGGAGCUUUAACAGCUCGGGUUUUGGUUGCUCAACAACAACAAAGCUGGAGAAUCUCACGCAGCCAAAAGGACGAUUGUCAGUAACGGUGUUCAGUAUUACAUUGUUCAAAACAGAGUCGGACACUGAUGGAGAGACUCAGAAAGAAGUUACAACUUAUAAAAUGCAUCUGGACUUUUCUGAACGGUUAGUGGAUAAAUUUAUGUAGUUGCUGUGGAGUUGAAUCAACUCAUUGACUAGCAUGUGCCAUCAUGUUAAUCUUUUGUGCAGAUCCAGUGUUGAAUUGACCCUCGUUUGUGAAGUAGUCCGGUGUAAAAUGACGGCAUGGCAACAACACUCUACUACAACGACUCUUCCUCUUCUCUAAAGCAGCCCAACAUGGCUUCACCCCCUUUGUUGCAUGUUCUCGGGGGCAGGGUUUAUGUAAAUUUUAAGGUUAGUAAGGUUAGGUUAGUUUGUUGUAGUCCCUAAACAGAGAAUUCUUUAAAAGAAAAUAUCUUCCUUUGCAUUGAACUUUGAGCGUUGUAACUUUGCAGAUGUUGUUUAUGCUCAAACAGCAACAUUAGACACUAACUAAAGUUAAAAUUGAAAUCAUAAUCAACCACCCCUUUAAAAAGAAUAAAAUCUAAAUAUUUAAAAUAUAAAAUUUGAAUAUGUAAAACUUAAACCAAAAUUAAAAAUGUUGCAUUGGUAACUACUGUACUGAAAUAAAGUAAGUUGAAGUUGUGGUACUGAAAUCACUAAAACUAAAAUAAAUUAAAGCUAAAUUGAAAUAUUGAAGAACAAAAAUUAAAAUGACGAAAACAUCAAAAUUAGUAAAAUUGAAAAUGUAAAAAUAAGUUAAUUUAAAAUACAACUACUAAAUAUAUAAAUAAUACCAAAAUAUCAGUUUUCUAUACAGUGAAAGCAUAUAGUUACCAAAGGCUGUGAAGCUCCAAAAAGCACUAUGAAAGUAUCAUUUAAAAAGUCCAAAACUAUACAUUAACUUGAAAAUCCUUAAUUCCACCUCAGAAUUUACAUUUUAUGUGAACUUUUUCUGUGUGACAAUUUUGAUAAUAAUGGUGGACAGCAAGACAAGGGGACAUUUAGGACAAUGAGAUCUUAACAAACACCAAUCUUCUAUUGAAAGCAAAUGAGCUGCAUGCUGAGUUUUUGUUAGGAGACCACUGAUAAUCAAAUGCAUACCUCUGAACAAUGAUGCCAGAUUCUAGGUCAGCUUUAUCUGUCCUUUUCCACACAAAGCUGCCCAUAUUAAUGGGCAAGAGAAAAGGGAUCAGAUGGUGGCGUUAAUAAUCCAUUGGGAAUGCUUGAGAAGGGGAGAAUUACAUCUAAAGUUUGUCAUAACUAGGCCAAAGUUCCUAAGCACAGUGUUUUCAUGUAAAUACCAAUUUUAUAGGUUUAUUAUAUAUUGUUUUUUGAUUUGUGAUGUAUCUGUUGUUUUGGUAAAAUGAGAUGAUUUUCAUUAAAAAAAAUUUAAUGUGUUUACAAUC